AUGGAGCGCCUACCCACAGAGCUUCAUGAACUCAUCCUGGAUUCCGUUGCAACAUCGCACUCCAAGGCCAUUCGAUCGUUAUCGUUCGCGUCGCACUAUUUCCACCAUCUCGCAUUGCCAUACCGCUUCCACACAAUCCGCCUCGACGCAGCUGAGCGGGUCGCAAGGCUUCGUCUUGAGUUGGAAGCUUUACCAGAACACAGAAGACGGAUUUACCGCGUCUUUGUUGCGCUCCGUCGAUCAAACUUGAGCGCCUUAUCCCAGAUAUUGCGCAUAUUGCAGUUGUCAAGUAGGACUCUCCGUGACUUGGCUGUGAUCGACACAGCUCAUCUUGGUGCUACUGCCGCUUCUGCAUUCGGUGCUGUUCUCCGCACAGCUGCACCAUUCCAGGGCCUCGAAAGACUUACGCUUCGAGGACGUCAUCCCGCACUUCCCUCCUCUGAUAAGCACUUUCCUGCUCUCCGUUAUCUGGACACUGGCGGGAAUACUCAUCCCAUUGGACUACCGGUUCCUUGGUCCUGGCUGGGAAGUAGAGUAACAGUGCUUCGCGUGGUGGGGUUAAGCGCUGCACUGGGAUUCGCAACAGAGCUCAGAAAUGGGUUGGCCGCGAUUCAAGCCCAAGGGGAAGGCAUCGAAUCAUUUUCGAUUGUCGUUGAACUCACUCGACAACCAGAGGUGAAGCUUGUGGGCAACUUUCGGGAGAAGACGAUGCACCGCCAAGAUGCGGAGAUGCGCAGGAUUCUGACAGAAAUAGAACUCGUCGCGAAGUCCGCGAGAGAGAGGGAUGCUCAAGCCGGACGUGUGCACGUGGAUGUUCAGGUCGUUGUUGGUGGCGAUGAUUCAAAUGCUGGAAGGAUUGAGCAAGAUUGGUUGGAGGGCGUAGAUGAUGUCAAUAAGUAA